GACAGACGGUUAAUAGACGCCAAGUUCUUAACCCUCGAGGGUCUCCUACCCCUUCCCCGCCACCUUCGUCUAGAGUUUUCUGGGUUUGAGCGACGGACAACAAUUACAAGAGAGAGGAAAAGUGUGUGUGUGUGAGAGAGAAAUCUUGUCCCGCGUUAUUGCGUAAAAUUAAUCCGAUUUAGGUGACCUCGCGGCAUGCAGUGGCAUAUAACCUCGAAAAAUUCCUCGUAUCGUUCGAACGAUUGCGCUCUUUUAUCUCUCCUGCCAGUUUAUUCCUCCCGCGAUUGUAGGUUAACGUGGAAAUCUACGAAAAGUGUGCAAAAGAGAGUGGCCCUGUAAAGUUCGCGUGUUAUGAAAAUAGCAUGGAUUCGGAAACGAUGCUCGUUUAUUCGUUAAAACUCGAGACUGAACUCUCGUUGUCGGAAAGCAUUUGUUCGGCCAAGUGCGAAAGGAUUUCGUGAAUAACCAGUAGCGGAUCAGCUGAUCGUGAUUCAAGCACAGUUCUCCGUGGCCCUUGCGGCCCAACCCAAUUUCCGCAUUGUACGAUACGUUUUUAUUUAGUUUCUUUAUUUAACGCGUGUUCUCCGGGUUUUCCAAGUGCGAACGAACAUUUUCGACAGGUGAAAUUCGACGGGUUGACCGCCUCGCACGAUCGUUCGCGUUAACUGUAUAUUCGCUACGAGCUCUCCAUUAAAUCAAUCACAUUAUUUGUUAUUCCCGGUUCAUUAAAGUGCUUGUAGAAAUAAAAAAGUGAUCGACGAAUCCAAAGACAAUCUCAACGAAGAUUCUUUCGACUCUUUUUAUUCCUUCGUUAUAUUUCUGCGUCGUGUUUCGCGAGGCUCGAUUCGACUGUGAAUUGCAGACGGUGACAUAACCUCUCAACCAGCACUCUCGCGGCUCGAUCCCUUCGAACGAAGCUUUAUACUAAAUUUCGUUUUCGCGUAUAUCUGGCGGGAGUCCGAGGGAUAAAUUUUGCCCGCGUUAAAAACCGCAAGAAAAUAUAUUUCUGUCGAAAGUUAAAUACGAAACAAGCGUCGAAUUGGUGGUGUGUCCUUCUUCCUCGGUCUCCGAUUUUGAGCUCGCACAAGAAAAAAAAAUCAGAAAAAUUUUUGUGCCUCAAUCAUGUCGACGAAGCCAUAAGGAAUGAUUGAUCGCGCUCAUUGUUUGUGCUUUCUCUUCACCCACGUUACAUCAUGUAGAAACAUACAAAUUUUUUUUCUCUCACUCACACGCUGCGGUACGAUUCAUCGAUUCUUUUAUUAUUUGUUACUUCGCUCGCACCUAUAGUUUACACUUUAUAUGCAUUAUAUUAUAUGUUUAAUCAUGUUGAAUAAUAAUAAUAAUAAUAAUAAAUAUAUAUACGUAUGAUUUUAUUUCACACCACCGAAACACGAAGUUUUAUUUGUUUUACCAUACCACCAUUAAUCACUCGUUAGAAUAUUCUACAACUUUUUAUACUUAUAUACGUAUAUAAAAACGCAUAUAUACAUGUAUACGUAUAAAUGUAUCCUCAACUAACCGUAUAUUACCUACCGAUUUCGAAAGAAAAAAAAAACAAAAUUCCCAAAUAAUUCAGAUCACAUAAGCGACAAUGAGGAUCGUCGUUCGACUGUUAUAACGGUUGAGAAAGCUCGAGACGAAAUGGUCCAUUGAGCCGCUCACACGUGGCGCACAUAUUUAUAUCCCGGGAGUUCAGACACGAGUCAGGCAAAGCACAGAAAGGGAGAGGCAGCACCGACGAAAUGAACAAUCAAGCGUUCAGUUUGGCCGAAAGGCUGAUACCAUCGACUUACGUGCAACAGGGUUUGAACGCAAAAAAAACACGAGAAAAUCUAAUUCGACACUUUAUCGAGCAUCAAAAAUGGCCCGAAGAAGGCUGGGACGAUGCCACCAUCGAAGCUUUCCUCUCCGAUCUCUCGCAAAUGGACAGCAACAAUUUUCCCUCAAACUGCAGCGUCGGCGAACGGGAAUCUCGUAUCGUUUCGAAUAUCGUCGCGAGACGACAUUUUCGCAUGGGCCACGGAAUCGGCCGGUCCGGGGACCUCGAGGAAGUUCAACCCAAAGCUGCCGGAAGCAGCCUCAUGUAUAAACUGACAAAUGCUCUUGUUCUCGAAGUUAUUCGUUACAUGGGUGUGAAGAGCAUAGCCGGUUGUUUUUUAUCACCGAUGGCAACUGGGAUGAGCCUGGUGCUGUGCAUGUUGACAAUAAAACAAGACAGGCCACGAGCAAAGUAUGUUUUGUGGCCAAGGAUCGAUCAAAAGUCGAGCUUCAAGUCAAUUAUAACGGCAGGCCUCGAGCCGGUCGUUAUUGAGAUGCAGAUUGUUGGUGACGAGCUCAAAACGGAUAUGCAGAGGUUGGAGUCUCAGAUGGCCGCGCUUGGCGAGAGCGUCGCUUGCGUUCUCACCACUACGAGCUGUUUUGCACCUCGAGCGUGCGAUUCCGUAGACUCGAUCGCUGCACUCUGUACACAAUAUAAUAUACCACAUUUGGUCAACAAUGCCUAUGGAUUGCAGAGUACCAGAUGUAUGCACCUCAUUCAAGAGGCAUCGAGGAAAGGUCGCGUCGACGCGUUCGUUCAGAGCACCGAUAAGAAUUUUUUGGUACCGGUUGGAGGUGCGGUUAUCGGUUCCUUCGACAAGAACCUUUUGGACCGCAUCUCAAAGAUGUAUCCGGGCCGAGCGAACGCGAGCUCGACGAUGGACGUAAUGAUAACUCUUCUGAGCCUCGGGAUGACAGGAUACAAACAAUUGAUAGCACAUCGCAAAGAAAUGUACGCUUACCUGAAGGAAGAACUUGGCAAACUCGCGGCUCGUCACGGGGAGCGAUUGCUCGAUACAAAGGGCAAUCCCAUUUCUAUGGGCAUGACUCUUCAGUGUCUCAGCCAUCAACAUGAUCACAAACAAGUCACGAUGCUCGGCUCUAUGCUUUUUCUUCGCAAUGUCAGCGGGUCCAGAGUCAUCACGACUACCGAUGUCAAGCACAUAGUUUCACACAAGUUCGAAGGCUGGGGUGCUCACAACAGCAAUUAUCCAAUACCAUAUCUGACAGCUGCAGCGGCUCUUGGAAUGAAGAGGCCGGAUGUAGAUGCGUUUGUUCAAAGAUUGGACAAAGCAUUGACGAAGGUUCGUCGGCGUUCGGCGCCGGUAACGCCAACGGCGUCGCUCGCAGGCUCGAGUAUUAAUGGCGACGCAGGUGGCGCUGGUGGGCCGGGAGAGUCGAGCACGGCGUCCACCAGCCGUGCUAGCAGCAAGGAUAGUUUGAGAAAAUGAACCGUAAUCAACGCAACUGGCCAGUCGAAUCAGCAUAUUAACAUCAACUUGUAAAGUGAUCUUUGAUGGUCACUUUGCCAGGGGUAUUAUGGAGAAGCGCGUGUAAACCGGAAGCUCCAACAACUUGAGACGUUUCAAUCGAUCGGGAAUCAGCAAAUCGAGAUUUUUCUAAACUUGCUCAGAUUUCGUCAAGUUCAGAGAGUUUUUCGAGACCCGCUGUUGCUCCAUCGAAUUGUUGCAGGAGCGUUCGAUAAACACGUGCUUUCAAGGUUUCGCGAAUCUCCGCCAUUUUUUUCCGUUACGUUGAUCGAACGACGAAAAAAAAAUCAUUACAGCAGUCCAGCAAAUUGAAAAGGAGCUUCACAAUUUUUAUCUGAGGAUUCAAAAGAACUAGCAUUUAAAUGAGAAAACUACUAAACACGAAUAACGACUUCCGUCCGAUUCGUCAUUUCCUCAAUGCGGUCGAUCAACGAUACCGUUUUAAUACAAACGAAGGAGAUUCACGUUGCCAAAAAUAUGCUGAUGCGUCUGCUCAAUUGCGUUGAGAUAUCGUCGAUCUUCUUAUGUAAGUAAUGAUUUAAGGGGAACAACAGAGGGGGUAAUGAGACACGAAACGAUAAAGGAACUCACACACACACACGCGCGCACGCGCGUAAACACACAACUACGAAUUUUCACAGA